AUGAGUGGCCAAGAUAUCCCCGUGGCGGCAAAUGUGCUAGGAACAAUCGGUACGGUGUUCUGGUGCAUUCAGCUAGUACCUCAGAUAUGGCAUAAUUGGAGAUAUAAGAAGACCGAUGGAUUGCCGGCGAGUAUGAUGCUGUUGUGGGCUCUUUGUUCGGUGCCGUUUGGGGUUUAUAUGAUUGUUCAGAAUGUCAAUAUUCCACUUCAGAUUCAGCCUCAGAUAUUUGGCUUCUUCGGCUUCGUUAGCUGGGGACAGAUCCUACACUAUCAUGAUGGAUACUCGCAACUCAAGGUAUCACUUCUUGUCAUCGGCUCUUGUAUUUUGGCUGGUGGCAUUGAGGCUUUGCUUAUUCUUACAUUGCGGAUUCCAUAUCGAAAGGGUAUAACAUGGCCGGACUUGAUUUUCGGCGUUAUAGCUGCCAUCAUGCUGGCCUCGGGCUUUGUUCCACUUUACUCGGAAGUUUGGAAACGGAGAGGACGAGUGGUGGGAGUUAACUGGGUCUUCUUGAGUAUAGAUAGCUUAGGAGCUCUCUUUUCGCUUUUUGCACUUGCGGCACAAGGCACAUUUGAUAUUCUCGGUGGAAUCCUUUACAUUGUCGUCUUCCUCGCCGAAGUAUUUAUAUUUUUGAGCCAUGUGAUAUGGCGUUUCCGUCAUCGCAAACUUCUCCGAGAAGCCAAAGAAAGCGGGAAGACUGUCGAUGAUCUAUUAGCCGAGAAGGAUGGCGAUCCAGUUGAUGACAACGAAAAGAGCAAUUCAUCUGUGACCCAGACACCGGUGGACCAAGGCGUGGUUGCAGGUGAGCAAACCGAAGCAGGUGUUUCGGCAUCAACAGAAGAUAAAGAUCUUGAGCGCGGUCAGGGUUGA